CGCGCGGAUGCGCGUGUUGGCGGUGGAGUCGUUAAGUAUCUUGGAAAGCCGUGGCAAAAACUCGUUACAAAAAUCAAGUCGACCAAUCAACCUUCAAUAGCUGUCGAAGCCAAUCACCACCGCACCGCCAUGGCUGCCGGCACGCCGUCCCGCCUGGCCCUGAAGCAGACCCCGCUCGACACGUGGUCGACGCGCGAGCACCUGGCGCUGGCGUCUGCCGUGCUGCGCAGCGGCGACCAGAACUGGGUGUCGGUGAGCCGCGCCAUGCGUGGCUUCGCCGACGCCGGCCGUCCAUCCGACUGGCUCUCGCAGAAGAACUGCGCGCAGCAGUACGCGCGCCUCCUCGAGCUGGUGGACGCGCCCAAGCGGAAGCGCGAGCGCGGCGAGCCGAACGAGACGCCGGGGGAGCACAUCGUGCGGCGGCUGCGCCAGGACCGGACCGAAGAACUGCGCCGCCUGGUUGCCGAGAAACGGGCCGCCUACCUGGCGCUCAAGCAGCAGAUCAGCCAGCUGCGCUCUGGCCAGCUGGACUCACAGCUGGACGACAUCCAGCGCCAGAUCCAGGCCGAGAAGGAGGCGGCUGCACUGGAGGAGGAGCGCCGCCGCCAGCGGUUGGCCGAGCGCGAGGCGCAGAAGGUGGCCGUGCAGCAAGCGCUGCGAGCGCAGGUGACCAAGGCGCCCCCGCCGAAGCGGCGCAAGCUGACGCCAGAGCGGCGCGAUAGCAGCCUCUCCGAGGCCGGCUCGGCGUCCGAGCCCGAGUUCGCAGAAGACAGCGCCGCCUCGGACGCGGUGGCGGCCGAGGCCAGCGGCGACGAGGCGAGCAGGGAGGGCGCCGACUCACGACCGGCGCCCUCUUCCCCGCUGCUCACCUCGCUGCUCCGCUCGCCCUCGGGUGGCGCGCGACCGCCAGCUGUGGCCGCUGAGAUGGAGGUGGAGUCCGAGCCGGCGCCGCCUGAGUCGGCUGAGCAGGCGCAGGCCGAGUCCGUGCCCAACAGCCCAGCGUCGGCUGUGCUCAGCGGCGACGACGCCGAAGAGCGACGCGACUAUCGGAUCUGGAAGAAGUCGAUCCUAAUCCUGUGGCGCGAGUUCACGGCGCAUCGGCACGCCUCGAUGUUCGCGCGGCCCAUCACCAACGACCAGGCGACCAACUACCGCGAGAUCGUGAAACACCCCAUGGACCUGGCGCAGAUGAAGCGCAACGUGGAGGCCGGCACGGUGAACACGACGCUGCAGUUCCAGCGCGAUCUGAUGCUGAUGUUCUGCAACGCCAUGAUGUUCAACUCCAGCGACCACGAGGUGCACCGGUUCGCGCGCGAGAUGCAGGCCGAGUGCGUGGAGAAGAUCCAGAUGCUGCUGCUGGCCGACAAGCAGACGAGCCAGCGACGGGAGACGCGCGAGUCGUCUCGCGACGACCUGAAGCGCAAGCGGCUCCGGCGACGAGCGACCCACGCCCACCAGGAAGCGACGCUAGCGCUGGCGCACGCCCGGCUCCGUAUCGCCCCCCUCUCGUGA